ACGGCGGUCAUGGGACUGGCGGAAAUGUAACUCACCUGCUCCGAUCAAACCUUUCGAAGACUUUCUUCUUUCCCUCUACGUCUCCGAUACACUUUUGCUUUGUUUGUGUUUUUUUGUUCCCGUGUCAUGGAUCCGUUUCCUCUGCGAGAACGUGAUGGUGAUAAAGUAAGUGUGAACGUACCGGGACCGACUCUGACCUUCCAGAACAUCUCUUAUGUUGUGAGAGAGAGCCGAGGGCCGUGCCGCAAGAGAGCGCCCGAAAGAGAGAUCCUGAAAAACAUCAGUGGCAUGAUGAGAACAGGACUGAACGCCAUCAUGGGUGCGACAGGAAGCGGCAAAACCUCGCUUUUAGAUGUGAUCGCUGGAAGAAAGGACCCUCGUGGUUUACGGUCCGGUCAGGUCUUGGUCGAUAACAAGCUCGUCACUUCUGACUUGCGUCUCAUGUCAGCUUAUGUUGUUCAGGACGACAUUCUGAUGGGAACGCUGUCCGUCCAAGAGAACCUCAUGUUCUCCGGGCACCUGCGCCUGCCGCGCCAUCAGUACUCCACCGCCGACAAACAGAGGAAAGUGGCGAGCGUUAUCCGCGAGCUGGGCCUGGAGGACUGCGCGGACACCAAGAUCGGCACUGAGUUCCUGAGAGGUGUGUCUGGUGGAGAGAGGAAGCGCUGUAGUAUAGGAAUGGAGCUCGUCACUUCGCCGUCGCUCCUGUUCCUGGACGAGCCGACGACUGGACUGGACUCCAACACGGCUAACAGCAUCAUGGCUCUGCUGCACAGACUGUCCCGUAGUGGCAAGACGAUUAUUUUCUCCAUCCACCAGCCGCGCUACUCCAUCUUCAGACUGUUCGACCACCUGACCCUGCUCCACAAAGGACAGUGUGUCUACGCCGGUCCUGCUAACUGCGCCAUUCAGUACUUCAAUGACUUGGGCUAUGAGUGUGAGGCUUUCAACAAUCCUGCAGAUUUCUUCCUGGACAUCACAAACGGAGAAGUGUCUCCUUCAGUUCCAACAGAUAAAUCCCUGGCAGAGGUUUAUAGAGACUCUCGGGAAUGUGCUGCGCUCACUGAGGAGCUGAAGCAAAUCACAGUCCCGUCUGAUUGUGUAAUCACAGGAGCGACACCAUCAUCACUGUCUUAUGUAACACCGUUCUUCUAUCAGUUAAACAUCGUGUGUCAGAGGACGGCGCUGAACUUAUUGAGGAAUCCGCAGACCUCGUAUGCACAGUUGGCGCUGAACGUCCUGUUCGGGGUGAUGGUGGGACUCAUUUACUUUCAGAUGCCUCACACGCUACCUGAAGCUCUGCAGAACAGGACUGGAGCGUUCUUCUUCCUAAUCAUCAACAUGGUGUUUGGGAACCUGUCGGCGGUGGAGCUCUUCAUUAACGAGAGAGCGCUGUUCGUACAUGAGAAUUCAAGCGGUUAUUACCGAACCUCUGUGUACUUCCUGUCUAAAGUGUUUGUGGAUUUAAUCCCGAACCGCAUCAUCCCUAUCUUAGUUUUCUCCUCCAUCGCGUACUACAUGAUGGGGAUGAAGCCAGCGUUUCUGGCGUUCCUGUGUUUCUCCCUCACCCUGUCUCUGGUCAGUCUGGCGUCUGUGAGUCUGGCUUUCCUGGUCAGCGCCAGCGUGAGCUCCUUCGCCAUGGCCAACGUUCUCAUCGCUCUGCCCUUCGUCUUCAUGAUGGUGUUCGGCGGCUUCCUGGUGAACCUGAACUCCAUGCUGAGCUGGCUGUCCUGGCUCCAGUGGAUCAGCAUCUUCAGAUACGGACUGAACGCUGUAACCAUCAACGAAAUGACAGGACAGGUGUUUUACAAUAACAUUUCCAGUCUAACAGGAGAGAUGUACCUGCAGUCUCAGAGCCUGGACUACAGCGCCUGGGGGUUCUGGCAGAAUCACGUGGCUCUGUUGGGCAUCACGGCGGUGUGUAUGACGCUCGCCUACGUGCAGCUCCUCAGGAUUAACCGCUGGAAGUGAAAUAAAAGCUAACACUGGACGAGAGACAUGAUCAUAAAUCAUCAUCUUCAUCAUCAUCAUCAUCAUCAUCAUUUUACUGUUCUGUUAAAGUUUCCGGCGAGGAGCAGCGAGAAGACAUCGUGGAAAGACACGCUGAGUUUAUUAACCAGUCAGUUUACCUUUAAUGAGCAUCUGAGUUAUAAUUUAUUAUUGUUAAUAAAACUCUUCUUUACAUUUUUUUACUUAUUUUAAUUAUAAAGCUUUUUUUAUAAUUACUUU